AUGAGGGGCUACUUAUAUGCCGCUUGGCUUGGUCCAGGAUUUGCAAAACUAUCAUGGAAACCAGUACGUAUGGACAAACACUGGUUGCGUUUUUUCGUUUUUACCUUUGUCACCCAGUAACAGUGUACUAACCUCUUUCUGAUGCAAUGCUUACAUCUCGGAUUUGCGUGUUUGUGUGGAGCUAGUUAUCCGUUUGGCUGACUUGCACAACUUUAGCCUAUCACCUGAAGCCGGAUUUUGCAUCUAGGCACUACAGAUCUGUUGACGACCACAAAACUAGCCGUAGAUUAACCGUAAAGCCUUGUCCGGGGCGAGUGUUAUAUUAUAGGGGUUUGCCGUCUAUAGCAACCACUUGCAUAAUCCGCCAAAAUAAGUUUGGUAAUUGUCUCCCCGUUAUCAGAAUUUUACCCUUCCCGCCAUUGUAAGACUCUUUAUUUUUUUCUUCCAGAAAAUGUAUUUGAUUCGCGUUUAGCUGGUAGUUAAACGUCGCCUCCAUUUUGCCAUUCGGGGGAGGACUACGACUACAUCGUUGAAUAAAUGAUUUACCGGCGUUUUGGUGAUUAUCUGCAGGUGUAGAAACCAGGGUUCACUAGACAGUGUGACGAAAAAUUCGGUAAGGGGUUGACUUGAGAGUUACUCACAGUAAUUCUAUAUUUAGGUAUCCCCGGAAUGAAGGCUAUAUUUGCGCAUUUUAAGAGCUUAAUUCACCCAAGGCGUUGUCGGUAGUGGCCAGAGAACGCCGGUACCUCGUUCUACAAUCAUGCUACAUCAGUGAACGUAAUUCCCACGUGGAGUUGCUCACUACUCAUCCACUGCUUCUUUAUGAGUCGGCCAUGUCGAUGCGUAUUCUAUACCAAGGCGAUUAGAAAUCCACUGUUCCCAAGAAGAAAGAAGACCUCUAAAAUUGCUCAAACCGGCGACUUGGCGUUGAAGGUAAUAAAACUCUUCACGACCAGUGGGUUUUGCAAAGUAAGCAGAUCUAGUGUUAGUGGAGUUAAACGCAACUGUAAGCGAGCAAGCAUAAUCGUAGAUCAUUUAGUGUCGGAAAACCUGCAAGAUUAGCUGGUGGUCGGUUAUCUCUUCCGUCCACGGGACUCCUGUCCUUAUUGUAAGCGCUCGCCGCCAUACAUGGGACAGUUAGGCUACAAAUUUGCUGAAUGACUAAUUAUUACAUGUGUAUUGCUGCGCUUCGCCCAUAUUACAGUCUGUUGUAAUUAAAAUUGUCUCCUGUCACGAGGGAAUAAAGUAGGGUGACAAAACAUGGAGCCAGGGGGUUUUGUUUUGAGACUACAGACGAGUAUAAAUGACGGUCAACUGUCAGUCUAGGCAACAUUACGUCUUUAGAAUAGAUUCCAUUGAGGUCGAAAAAAGUGACUGAGUUGAAGAUAAACCUGAAAUCGGCAACCUUCGCUACACUUGUUGUCCUGUCUGUUCUUACUUUCCAUUGAGAUUUCCUAGUCAUAUAUGGCCUCAGUGGUUCAGGUUCUAAUGCUAACCUCUAAACAUAGACCUGCACGAACUAAAAGCUACUUCAUGUCAGUACGGAGCCCGUGUGUAUUUGAUGUGACGCCAGAGCCUCGUAAACACCACGUUGGAUGGCUGUUUCAUUGAUGAGCUUCUUUGAACUAAUAUAAAGCACAGCGACAUAGCUUACGCUUUUUUUUAUCAGUUCCGCAUGUUGCGGACGAUAUAAUCAGAAUUCAUAUAUUUGCCUGUACUAACAAUUUCUUAGCUACCAUAAAGGUGUUUUAGGGCGCUACUUACUUGAUACUCAACACAGUUUGGAAUGACAUUGUUGCCAACAGGACUGUCUUCACCUACAGAUUUCGACCUGUUUCGUGUGGUAUUACUUGUAACAAAGGUCUAACCUCAGUCCCGGACCCCAAUUACUGCGAAACCAUCACGAUAACUUUCUUGACUCACGACUUUUGCCUCUACGCACACAUUCGGAGUUCGGUGAACUUCCUUUGCAGCAGAAUUAUUUGCUAACCAACUGGCAUUCCUCAUCUAGGACAGCCGUCCAAAUUUAAAGAGAGACCUUUUUUAGAGGGUCAGGUCAUACAUGACAAUAAGGGUUUCUUCACUAUCCCGUUUAUCUGAUAUACGCGUAAUCUGACUUGGCUUCUCAAACUGGUCAAUUGCCCAAGUAUAUUCACUGUGAAGGCCUCACAGAACCAGCUGGAGGACGUGUUUACCCCCAUUUGCAUGGAGUACCAAUAGUCGCAACUACCAUGUUGUGCACGGGUGCAUGUGAUCCUACCGCUCAGCAAGAAUAAUCUAUUUUUUAAUGAACGUGCAGACGUUUUAUGCAGAUAGUAUGAAGAAUAAUAUGAUUCACAAAAGCAUUUACUGUAAAAGGGACAGCUUGAUUAUUCCAAACUGCGCAUUUCAUAUCAGACUGGUUGGUACUAUUUCUCACGAUAAGGCCCCACGUAACCGAAGAAUUUCCAUCCACCGCAUUCUCAGGCUAACACAGACUUCUAGUUUUGCCUAAAAUGAAAACGCUCUUUAUACUCUGACAGAAACCCCCAACGGCGCACUGUUUUAAACUUCUGUGCAGUCUAUAAGAGAUAUUUAAUACAACCUUACGCCGCUUUUUGGGAACCAUUGGCAUAUAACAGCAGACCUAACGAGCCUGUUGAUCGUUGAGAAGUUUGCCGUACUAUGAGCCGCGCGUAUCGUUUCUGUUGCGAAGGGAUGAGAAGCAAAGCACAAAACAAAAGUUGUCCACUCAUGGCACUAUGUUCCAUGCUGUACCUGUUUAUGCUUUCCAUAACUGCGCUGUUUUUUACUGCUCUAGCGGAAUGCCAAUGACCAUACAAAACUACAGUAUUGCGCUCUGUGUGAAGGUUACAAACCACCGAGGUCUCAUCACUGCUCUAAGUGCGGACGCUGUGUUCUCAAGAUGGAUCACCAUUGCCCCUGGAUCAACUGCUGUGUGGGACACCUGAAUCACGGAAUGUUCCUCCACUUUAUCAUAUCGGCGCCAGUCGGAUGUAUACACUGUUCCGCCUUGUGCAUUUGGCACGUAUACUUUGUAUUUACCCGGGUAGGUGUGUGUGAAUUUCCUGUUGGGCUCUGUAGCCCCUUUAAAAUGCCAAACUCCAUGCUUAAGAAUAGUGUAAAGCUCGCCCAGUUUCUUAAAGUCAUCUGAACGCCCUCUAAUUAACUAGCAAUUUAUGUUUUACACCGCAAAGUUGGAGCUUCUUCUGCCAUAGAGACCCCCUGCUUAGGUUCUCAGAGUACCGAGUGCUCACUAAAAGGCGAUUUCUUUGUAACAAUCAAUCUGCCUAAGUGCUCUAGAAGGCAAGUUCUGCAUCAUAAAACCCGAUUCUCCUGUUCCUACUGCUGUAGGCCUACUUUUUAUUCAGACGCGGCUAUAACGUCGGUAUCAUAUUCAGUUUCUACGAGAUCUUCGUUGUCCUGAUGGCCCUUGGGCUGGCAUUCGGUGUGAUUCUGGCUGUUGGCGGUCUCGCCUACUGUCAGCUACGCAGCAUCGCCCGCAACGAGACGGCCAUUGAAAACUGGAUCAAAACUAAGGCAAGACUGACAUACUCACCUAUAAUGCAUACUUUUUUUGCUCACAGUAUUCUUUGGCUUUACGCCUUCUUCUUCUUCUUCUUCUUCUUCUUCUUCUUCUUCUUCUUUUUCUUCCUCCUCCUCCUCCUCCUCUUCUUCCUCUUCUUCUUCUUCUUCUUCUUCUUCUUCUUCUUCUUCUUCUUCUUCUUCUUCUUAUUUUUCGUCUCCUUCUUCCUCUUCAUCUUCUUUUUCUUCUUCUUCUUCUUCUUCUUCUUCUUCUUCUUCUUCUUCUUCUUCUUCUUCUUCUUCUUCUUCUUCUUCGUCCUUCUUCUUCUUCUUCUUCUUCUUCUUCUUCUUCUUCUUCCUCUUCUCGUCGUCGUCGUCGUUGUCGUUAUCGUCGUCGUCGUCGUCGUCGUCGUCGUCGUCGUCGUCGUCGUCGUCUUCUUAUGCGGAUAA